AUGGGGCUCAGAAAUACGAAAGAAAAAAACCAAAACCUCGAGAAGUCACUGCAAACAGAAAUUGCUGCUGCAUCUUCAUCGCUCACGUUAGCUGAUCAGGAUGACGAUAAUGAUGAAAAAAAUUUUGAAACAUUUUUAUUGAUCUGGCUGGACGCAAAUGUUAAUCCCACAGACGAUAAUUUUGUGCAACAAAAAUUACAUUUAGCAAUCAAUUAUAUUAAAGUGUUUGAUUCAGUGGAACAAUGUGAACAAUUUAUUCUUAAAAGAAAUGAAAAUUAUGAAAAAAUUGUCUUGGUUGUAUCUGAAAGUUAUGCUCGACAGGUUGUUCCAGAUGUACACGAUCUUCCACAAAUUAGUGCUAUCUAUGUUUAUGGUAUUGACAAGAGCACCAAUGCAAACUGGGCAAAACAAUAUAAGAAGGCAGUUAUAAGUAAUUUUGAUGAACUGGUCAAAAUUAUAACUGAAGAUCAGAUUAAACGAGAAAAAUUCGAAGAUUCACUAAUGAUGCCAAUGACAAUAUUGGAUUCAACGCAACAACAGAAAUCACUUUCAACUAUAAGUGGAAAUUUUAUGUUCAUUCAAUUGUUUAUUGAAAUUUUACUUCGUAUGGAAUAUGUACCAUUAGAUAGACAAGAAUUAAUUAAAACGUGCCAACAGGUACAAGCGCAUAAUAAUUAUGAAAUAAAAAUUAUUAAUGAAUUUCAAUUCAACUAUUCAUCAGAUAAAGCGCUUUGGUGGUACACAAGGGAAACUUGCUUAUACCGAAUGUUGAAUAAAGCCCUUCGUAUUCAAGAUAUUGAUAUGAUAUUUACAUUUCGGUUCUUUAUUGCUGAUUUAUAUAAACAAUUGAAACAAAUACAUAAAAAGCAACAAAAUGAUAGUUCACGAAUUACGAAAGUUUAUCGUGGUCAAAAAAUGUCAGUUGUAGAAUUACAAACAAUACAAAAAUCGAUUAAUCAACACAUAUCAAUGAACAGUUUUUUAUCUACAACUCUUAAUAGUAAACGCGCAAUAUCGUUCAUUCCAACACUAUCAACGCUUAAAGAUGAUAAAUUACAAUCUGUUUUGUUUGAAAUCAUUAUUGAUUCAAACGUAACAAAUACAAAACCUUUUGGCAGUAUUAGUGAUCAAAGUUUUUUUUCUACUGAAGAAGAAGUACUUUUCAUGAUUGGAACAAUAUUUAUUAUUGAAGAUGUUGAGAAAAAUGACAAAUAUUGGACAAUUAGAUUGCGUUUAGCUGAUGAGACUGAUCAUCAGCUACGAGAUAUAUUCGAUUAUAUGAAAACGAAUAUUAAACCAAAAACGAAUCUUCUUUCACUUGGUAUUUUGUUAUGUGAAAUGGGCGAGUACUCUAAAGCAAAGACACAUUACCAACACUUACUAGACAAAUUACCAAAAGAUGAUAAUUCUAAUCGUGCACAUUGUUUUCAAGGUCUUGGUUGUGCUUAUUUUGAAAGUGGUAAUUUUGAUUUAUCUAUAGUAAAUCAUCAAACAGCCAUUGAAAUAUUUCUGUUAAUUCCAAAUAAUGAAGCAACUAUAGUUAGUUAUCAUGGAAUCGGACAUGCCUAUCUAAGAAAAGGUGAUUACCAAAAGGCUUCUGAAUAUUUUGAUAAAUCAUUAGAAGUAACAAAAACAUGCAGUUCAGAUGAAAAUAGUCUUGCAAUGGCGAUUACAUAUAAUAAUUUGGGUCUUUUGUAUACCGAACAAAAUAAAUAUAAUGAUGCUUUAUCUUAUUAUUCAAAAGCAUUGGCAAUUUAUCAAAAAAAUCUUCCCGAUGAUCAUUAUGAGAUAGGCAUGAUGUACUGUAAUAUAGGUUAUAUAUAUUACAAACAACAAGAAUAUAAUUUGGCUUUAUUUUAUUAUGAGAAAGAGUUGACAAUUAGUCUAAAAACAUUUCCAUCGACACAUCCGGAUAUUGGCAAUACGUACCUGAAUAUUGGAUCCGUUUACGAAGAUUUAGGACGAUAUGAAACAGCAUUAUGCUAUUUCAAUAAAGCUGAUAUUAUAUUUCGUGAAGCACAGCUCGUCUCUACACAUGCGUACGUUGUUGAACUCCAAAAACAUAUUCAGUCGUUAAAUGCUAAGCUGAACAAGUGA